AUGGCUCUUCCAUAUAAGCCGUUUAUAUCGACACCGCGUCUUCCAGAUCACUGUUCCCCGAUUUCUCCUAUCCUCACCGAUGUCUCUACGUACUUUGGAACUUGCGUACCCACGCCUCUCGCGGCUCUGUCCACAUUGCUGGGGACACUCUCAAUAGUAUCGUGGCUGUUCGCACAGAUGCCGCAAAUCUUCAAAAACUAUCAUAUCAAAUCUACCGCCGGGUUGUCCAUAUUCUUUCUGGCGGAGUGGCUGCUAGGUGACCUGACCAAUCUAUUGGGCGCUUUGUUCACAAAACAAGCUGCAUGGCAGAUUAUCAUUGCAAGCUACUAUGUCUUUGUCGAUAUGUGCCUUGUUGUGCAAUACUUCUGGUAUACUUACUGCACGAAAUGUAUCUAUCCCGAGAGCCUGCACUCGAGUGGGAGCAGCGAAUUCGACGAUGUUGAUAGUGCCAUCAUCAAUGGCCUUUCUCCAAUCAACUCGAACUUUGCCAGCGACGAGCCGCACUUCAGUGACUCGGAGGAAAGUCCUCAAAAAUCAGCUGGCCCAAGGGACGUUGAAGCGCCCCAAUUCUCCCGCGUCAACUAUGGCGAGAAGAAUGGUGCAAAUGCACAGCUUUGCAAGCCAUUGUACCAGGACAAAGCCUGCUCCAGCUGGAUGCCAACCCCUUCGCCGCGUACGUUAAUGUACGCAGCAACAAUGUCUUCCCUGGCUUCAAAGGUAGCGGCGGCUCCCAUACCGUUUCCUGCAAACAAUUACCGACACGGAAUCCAUCUCUUCCGCGUCGAUACUCCGCUUGAGAUAGUUGGCACGAUCCUGUCUUGGUGUUCAACGUUCUUGUACCUCGGAUCACGACUACCUCAACUAUUCAAGAACUGGCAACGCCAGUCAACUGCUGGCCUUUCGCCGCUGUUGUUCUUUGCCGCUUUCUGCGGCAACCUUUUCUAUUCGGCCUCACUUCUUACUAAUCCGAAUGCCUGGGAUGAUUAUGGUCCUUAUGGUCACCAUGGAUGGGUUGGUUCCGAAGGUUCACAAAGGUGGGCGUGGGUCGCUCGAGCGGCGCCCUUCUUCCUUGGGGCUGCAGGCUGUUUGAGUAUGGAUGCCUUGAUGGGUAUCCAGUUCAUGAUGUAUGGAGAGGCAGAAGAGCGCAUUGUGAAGGUCAGAGAUGGUCACGGAUACAGCCAUUGGGAAAGAGUCAACGGGUGGAUGAGAGGAUGGAUCCCGAAUAUGGCGGGAAAGGAUAGAGUGGUAGACUUGGCCCAGAGUCAAAGACUGUUGGGCGAAAGCGGGCAUUUGAGCAUGAGUCGAAGGAGCCACCAUCAUGACUAUGGAACGAUAGAAUCUUAG